UGCAGAGCGGGCGGGGCGCGGCGCGGCGCGGCGUGUUUAUAUCCGGCGGGGCUUCGCCGCUGCCCGGGGUCGCCGGGCCGGGGUCGGGGACGGGGACGUCCGCGCCAUGGAUACCUGCGACCUGUUCUCCAGCUGCAGGAAGGGGGACGUGGGCCGAGUGCGGUACCUGCUGGAGCAGCGAGACGUGGAGGUGAAUGUGCGGGACAAGUGGGACAGCACCCCCUUGUACUACGCCUGCCUCUGUGGACAUGAAGAGCUGGUGCUCUACCUCCUAGCCAACGGAGCCCGCUGCGAGGCCAACACCUUCGAUGGGGAGCGCUGUCUCUACGGGGCACAGAGUGACGCCAUCCGCCGGGCCCUGCGUGACUACAAGCAGGUGACGGCCUCCUCCCGGCGGCGGGACGACUACUACAGCUUCCUGCUGCGCCUCCUGGAGCAGGGCACCCACAGCGACGUGGUCUUCUUGGUGCACGGGAAGUCCUUCCGGGCACACCGCUGCGUCCUGGGCGCUCGCAGCACCUACUUCGCACGCAUGCUCGACACCAGGUGGAAGGGCAAGAGUGUCGUGGUCCUCAGGCACCCCCUGAUCAACCCCGUGGCCUUUGGGGCCCUUCUGCAGUACCUGUACACAGCACUGCACCCAUACCCAGGCUGCGCGGACGUCGGUGUGGAGCAUGUCGGCGACUGUGAGCGUCUGGCCAAGCAGUGCCAGCUGUGGGACCUGCUCGGCGGCCUGGAGGCCAAGUUGGCUUCCGAGCCAGGCACGAGUGUGAAGGUGCUGGCCAUCGAGCCCCCCCAGGCAGACCCCCGGUUGCGGGAGGACCUGGCCCUGCUGGCCGAUUGUGCCCUGCCCCCCGAGCUCCGGGGUGAUCUUGGGGAGCUGCCCUUCCCUUGCGACGGCUUCAGCAGCUGUCCUGAUGUCUGCUUCCGAGUGGACGGUUACAGCUUCCUCUGUCACAAGGCCUUCUUCUGUGGCCGCAGUGAUUACUUCCGGGCCCUGCUGGAUGACCACUUCCGAGAGAAUGCGGAGCUGGAGGCGUCAGGUGGCCUCCUGGUCAUCACCCUGCACGACAUCUCACCCGACAUCUUCACCCACGUGCUGUACUACAUCUAUGGCGACCACACCGAGCUGCCUCCCGAGUUGGCCUACGACGUGCUGAGCGUGGCCGACAUGUACCUGUUGCCAGGCCUGAAGCAGCUGUGUGGCCGUGGCCUGGCCCAGCUGCUGGACGAGGACAGCGUGGUGGGCGUGUGGCGCGUGGCCAAGCUGUUUGGCCUGGCGCGCCUGGAGGACCAGUGCACGAAGUACAUGGCCAAGGUCAUCGAGAAGCUGGUGGAGCAGGCAGACUUCGUGGAGGCUGUGAGGGAGGAGGCCGCGGCCGUGACAGCCCGGCAGGAGACGGACUCCAUCCCGCUGGUGGACGACAUCCGCUUCCACGUGGGCAGCGCAGUGCAGACGUGCAGCGCCAUGCAGCAGGCGCAGCAGCAGCUGCGGGUGCUGGAGGACCUGCUGGUGUCCAUCGGCCUGGACUGCUGAUGGCUGCACGCGUGGCGGCGUGUGAGCUUCGGGCAUCGCCGUGCCGGCAGGGGGUCGGGGGGCUCCCCUCCUCUUUGGGGACCUUGGGAUGCGGCCUCUCCCGCAGCACAAACCAGCCCCAAGGCCCUGGGGCUGGGCACCGCUCAGGGAGGCCUGGCGGGCCGUCUCUUAGGGCCUCCCUCCCCCAUGCCACCUGCUCCUGGCACCACCUCGCAUGUUUUUUUUUUUUUUCCUGGGCGGAGGGGGGCAAUAAAGCUUGAAUUCACCGUGGGAGCCUGUGUACCAAGGACAGGGUUGGGGGAGCUCGGGUCAGGGCCCCGCGUCUGGGGGUCUGAGUAGGCAGCCCCCGUGAUGACCAGACUCCCCUUGGGGACAGGGUUCCCCCUUGGCCCUGGGAGGUUUUGCGGGGCUUGAGGUCACUUACUGAGCAGCUGCUGCUCAUACCAGCCUGCAUUUUGGAGAGCAGGGCCCCAGCUGAGCGGACCCCGCCCGGCUCCCUCCACCCGCCUCGGCCACUGGCUGUGGUGCGUAUCAUCAGUCCAGGGGGUGCUGAGGAUGGAAGCCACUGUUUUUUUCUUCCCUCAGCCCAGGGCCUGCUGCUAAGUGAACAACAAACACUGUUGUUGAAUCAAAAAAAUUUCCAUACAUUUUACUGGGAAAAACUAAACUAUAGGCCUUCUAUUCCCAUUGCAAGAUCCCGACAUUUUUCACAUUGGGAAACACAGACCAACCGCUAACAAACAGAGUAAGCAGAAACAGAAAAGAAAAACGGCUUGUGUAUAAAGUGGAGUGUAGGGCGGAAGAGGGCCUGCCGGCGGGGCAGGGGCCACAGGCAGACCGUGCUCUGCUGAGUCCUGGGGGACUGGAGGAAAAGACAACCAGGAAUCCUGUUUUGAAAUGUCAAUAUUUGGUUUAUCAUUAAUUUUAAUUUAAAAGUAAAAUACUACAUUAAAAUACUGCUUAUUUUGAUUACUAAGAUUUUUGGUGCACCCUUACGUAAGUUGUGUGCCCUAGAGGAGUGCCUCCCUUGCCUUGCCCUAGUCCUGGCCCUCACCCAAAGAUACGCUUGUUUUUAACCCAUCCUAUAAUAAUAUUCUCCGCACCUGCAAAAAAAAAAAAAAAAAAAAAAAAGACAUGGCAUGUGUUUGCUCCUCUACCUGGAAAAUUCCUACAUAGCUUUCAGUGUGUCCGCCUCACUGCAGCAGAGUGAGGUGGGGUGAAGGUGCUAUCAAUCACAGAGUUAGGAGUGCUCUUGCCAGGGCUAGGGGCAGCCUUAACUAACUCCUGGAGCGUCCUGCUAGCAUAAAAAUGUCUCACGUUGGUAAAAGUCUGAAGCACAGCCUCAGGCAGGGACUUCUGAGGGAAGGGGCCCUGGAGCCAGGAAGCUGCCCUCGGGCACUCCAGCCCCCCACCCGCCCCCGCCAGUGGCUUAGUUCUCGAGUCCCAUCAGCGCCCCGCACCGGGGUGGUCACCACCUUCACCUCGGCGAGGCAGCGGGUGUCCUGCACGGGGGCUGGGGACCUGGGCUGGAGCACGUCAGAGCCCCAGCACCCUUAUCGGUCUAAGUGGGAGCGGCGUUAGCAGCCACCAAACCUGGUGAGAGUCACGCGGGGUCCGGAGGGAGCCCCAGCAGAGGUGGGGUGGGGCUCAGCCCGCGGAACCCCGACGUGAACUUGCCUUUUUUCUGGAAGACGGGACGCGAGAGCAAUUCCGGGCACACGGGGUAGCCCCUUCUCACCUAUGGAGUCUUGGAGAUGGACGCUCGUGUUCUCCUGACUCCUCGGCCCUCGAGCUAGUUGUCACCCAGCCUCCACAGUAGCCGCGGGUCGGUCUCCGGGUCCCCCUCCUGCCACCUGGGCCCCAGCUGGGGCCCUGCCUCACCUCCAACUCGCUCUCACCCGCCCUGUUGGCAUCUUCCAGGUGGAUGCUGAGCCCAGGUCUCCCCUCCUGGAAAGCCCAGGGUGCAUGCGUGGUUCCUGGGCACACCUGCCGUCUCUGACCUCUGUGCCCUUCCUUUGCUGUGGGCGCCUGGCUCGUUUCCUAGCUUCCCUGCAUUUAGCCGUGGCCACGCCCAGGUCCUAGAUGUGAGCAGCAGCGGCGGCAGAUGGCAGAUGAGGUCUCUGGCUUCGUCCCUGAAAGCUCACCCUGCCCCUUUCCCUCCCUCCCUCCCUCCCUCCCAGUGGGCUGGGCUGAGGGUGCUGCCCACGGGCCGGAAGCCCCACACUCGAGACAGGGCAGUGAGGGGCGGGGCGGCUGCUGCUCGCACCGGCCUCCAUCUGGUCCCGGCCCUGUCCUCUCCCCCAGGCUGCAGACUCCCUCCGGCCAGGGCGGCGGCGGGCUCCCCGCUGUGGCUGGUCCCGGCCCUGCACCCCCACCGCAGGCUCCCGCUAUGCACCGUCCCGGGCGCGGGGCUGCUGCUGCAGAUCUCCAUCCCUCGGAGUCCCCGUUCUGCACCUACCCCGAGCCCCAAGGACAUGCGCCCUCCUGCUCCCUCUCCCGCUCACCUGCUCUCCCCUGCUGGGCCGGCCUGGUGCGCCAUCGUCCCUCUCCCUGCCCCACCAAGAUGAGGCAAGCUGUGUCACCCCGUCCUGGAAGGCCAUGGGCCACCUGCCACGUGAUGGCCCUCGGCAGGAGUCUGUGCUCCGUGGGGGCUCCCAGGAGGCAGGGACAGCCCAGAGAGGAGGACGCUGCCCACAGUCAACUCCCUGAGGCUCGGGCUGCAGGAGGAGUGUGGGCCUCGGGGAGGGGGCCGUCCUUCAGGUCUACGUGCCACCCAGGGGGCCUCUGCACAGGGGACGGCCAGCUCUGGCCACCCCAUGGGACCUACCCCAGAAGGGUUGAAAAUUUCAUCACAAGUCACCUCAGGAGAGCAGCUCACCUCCUCUCACGAGUAUACCAACAUCACAACCACCUGCUGAACAACCAUCCGUGGAAAAGACCAAACCCUACCAGAAAAGUUCUUCUACAGCUAAAGACGUAAAGAAGGAACGACGACGAGACAGUAGGAGUCCCUUACCCCCAGGUGGGCGACCCACACACUGGAGAAUGAUGACCCUGCAGAGGCUCCCCCCGCGGAGUGAGAGCUCUGAGCCCCACGUCGGGCUCCGCCGCCCGGGGGUCCAGCACCGGGAGCCCCCAGAGCAUCUGGCUGUGAAGACAGCGGGGCUUGACUGCAGGACGGGGGAGCAGAGACCCCACUCCUGAAGGGCCGCACAGAACCUCACACGCACCAGGACCCAGGCCAGAAGCAGGGAUUCGAUGGGAGCCUGGGCCAGACCUACCUGCUGUUCUCGGAGGGUCUCCUGCAGAGGUGGGGGGCGGCCGAGGCUCACCUGGGGACACAGACGCCCGUGGCAGAUACCCUGGGGGACUUUCGGCCCGUGAACGCAGCAGCUUCUGCUGCUGCUGGGCUGAUAGCUCGGCCUGGGAGCGCCAAGACCAAGCACCACCCAACAGCCUGCAGGCCCAGUGCUCGGAGCCCCGGGCCAAACAGCCCCCUGGGCAGGGACAGAGCCCCACCCGUCAGCUGGCAGGCUGCCUUGGGACCUGCUGAGCUCACAGCGGCCUGGGACACGGCCCUGCCCACCAGUCGGGGCGAGGCGCAGCUCCACCCACCGGGG